AUGCGAAGCUGGUUGAAACGGGUGCUGGUGAUAUCAGCAGUGGUAUUGGGUAUUUAUGGUGUUCAACAGGCAUGCCGAGAUAGCUGGUUGGAGAGGUUUCUGAAGGAGAGCAAGGUAGUACGGCCACGUAUAUAUCAAGAUGGAGAAGAGGUCGAGAUGUUGCUGAACCAGGUGGUUGGUAAACCCGGGGAGUUGUCAUAUGGAUACUAUGACUUACAAUUCACUUGCACGCCGACAAAAAGUAGGAGAAUGGUGCAUCAUUCGCUAUAUGAAGUGUUUUCUGGGGAUCGUAAAUGGCAGAGUGAUUAUAAGCUAUAUUUCAACAGGGAAAAUAAGUGCUCGACUUUGUGUUUUAGGAAAACGCAGCCUUCGGGAUUGAUAGAGGCGGACAGCUUAAUCAGGCAAAAUUAUACUGUUCAAUUGCUUAUAGAUGAGAUAAUGCCGGCGUCUAAGACGUAUGUUUCUAUGCGGGAUAACAAGAGGUAUUACGUCCCAGGGUUCCCAUUGGGGUUUGUUGAUCCCGAAACGGACGUCACAUAUCUACACAACCAUUUUAUGUUGGUAAUACGGUACAAUGCAGUGGAUAUUAACAAGUAUACUAUUGUUGGUUUUGAGGUAUACCCGAAGUCCGUAUCAGACGACCAUUGUCCUGGAUCAUCGAAGGACUAUGAGAAUUAUGCAGUCAAUCCUUCAGAAAAGGAUGUUGUUUUCAUACCGAUUACCUACUCUGUCUACUGGAGAGAAGAGUUCAUGGUAGAUUGGGAGAACAGAUGGAACUUUUAUUUAAGCGCAGGUGAUCUGGACGUUAAUAAGUCGCUGUGUUUUCGUGGAAUUAAGGUGACAAUGGUUUUCAUCAUACUGACGCUAAUGUCUCUGGCUAUCAUCGUCUCUCGUUUGGGCCUUGGAACUGGGUCUAUGUUCAUCACUGCUGUAGCUUCUGAAUGGGUCCGUAGAGGAGCUCCUUGUUUGCUUUUCUUGAAUACGUUUGUUUCGAUGGGUAUACAGGUUAUUUUCGCAGCACCUGCAACUUUACUACUCAUCUGUUCAAUGGGAAAAUUACAUAACAUAAGUAAUUUCCUGGUUUGCAUUGCUGCAUUAUGUUAUAUGACAGGCAUAUUCAUGUCUGCAUUUGGUGGGAUUUUACUGUCGGGAAAUCUUCUUGACAACAAAGCUCAAAUUAGGAAAUAUAGCGUGCUUUACGGAUCUGCAUUGCCUGCCUUAACAGUUGCAGUUCUUGUACUUGCGAACAGCAUUGCUUGGAUAAUUGAGCGAGGCAAAGAAAUGCCUUUUAGAGAUAUUACCUUGCUAUUGGCACUUUAUUUUAUGGUCAGCUUACCAUUGUCAUUACUGGGCGGUACAUCUGCCUCAUAUAAACUAAAGGACCAGCAUUUCCAGCUUUAUUCGCUGUCUACCAAAUACACUGGAACACCAGUUUCCCCUUCCAAGCCAACCUUUUGGUUUAACUUUGAAUACGAUACUCGGGGAACUCCGGCUUGCGCUCAUGAACAGAUACCCAUGUGGUUGUCAAAGCCAUUUUUGAUUACCUCAAUCAUUGGUAUUAUUCCAUUUCUUGCAAUUUACCUCCAAAUGGAAUUCAUCUGGAAGCCAUUGUGGACACACAGCAAGUCACUGUUCCAAAUUUAUGUUUCUUUAAUUAUCGGCAUGAUACUGCAGAGUAUUUUAGUCAUGGAGAUCUGCAUUUUGAUCAUGUACGUUCACAUGCAUCAUGGAGAUGACUCCGAGUGCUGCUUCGAUGAUACCUGUGUAACAGGUAGAAUAUCCAAUGCUGUCAGCUCGUGGAGGUGGAAAGCAUUCUACAUGGGUGGUGCAGCAGCGUGGUAUUGGGAGGCAUACUCUUUAUACUACAUGAUCUUUAUCCUCAGGCUAAGGAACUUUGGUUCCAUUCUAUUAUAUCUUUCAUAUGGGACACUAUUAAAUGUGUUUUAUUUUUAUUCGUUCGGUUCCAUAGGAUACCUUGCCUGUUGCUGGUUCCUAAACAAACUAACUUACAAGAUUGCCAAGAACCAUUGA